AUGGUUUCUCCUACUAGUCAUGUUCUUCCUGAGCUCUACCCGCCUGAGGCUUCCGAGACUGCAGUCACCAAUGACGCUCCACCAAAAACUCCAUCCACUUCCCCGACUCUGGGUGUCCUCCCAGUACUCUACCCGGCUGAAUCGUCGGGCACUGGAGUCACCGGGAACGCCGCACCAGAGGCUCCUCUCACUGUCAGAGAGUCUCUUCUUCCCGAGUUUUUGGAACCCCAGCCAUAUCACUCAUAUCCGGAAUAUGCUCCUUCCAAGUAUUGGGGGGCUAUUCCACGUGAGCAUCCAGAGCUCCGGCCAUACCUUGCACAUGAACCCUCCACCAACGAAGAGGGGCUUCUUCCGGAGUAUCCGAAACCCCAGCCACACCCGAGAAAUGCUCACUCUACCCUCGGGGAGGCUAAUAAUGCCCCACCAGAGGCUCCCUCCACCGACGGAGAGGCUCCUCUGCCCGAGUUCCUGGAACCACAGGAGUAUCACUCAUAUCCUGAAUAUGCUCCUUCCAAGUACUGGGAGGCUAUUCCGCGCGAGCAUCUAGAACUCCGGCCAUAUCUUGCACAUGCAUCCUCCACCGAAGAAGAGGCUCUUCUGCCGGAGCAUCUGAAACCCCAGCCAUAUCCGAAAUGUGCUUCCGCCACCACCGGGGAGGCUAGCAAUGCCCCACCAGAGGCUUGUUCCACUCACAGAGAGGCUAUCAUGCCAGAGGACCUGGACCGUCAGCCAGACCCUGAACAUGUUGCAUCAUCAAGCAAUCUAUAUUUGCUGAACACUCCCACUAGCACUAUCAACAAAGCUGGUGAAGAGCAACCGGCGCCAGAGCCCUUUGUAAAGAGGGGCGCACCCAGUCGUUUGCACCUAGUGGGUGAGAAAACGGUGCUAAGGUGCCCAGUUGCUUGCGGGAGGAUAUUUAGGGAUGACACCGCGGAGGGGGCAAGGAAUAAGUUGAUCAGCCAUACGAGUUACUUCUAUAACCAGGUUAAGAUACAUGAGAGGGAUGGGGUCCCGAUUAUAGAUAGUAUGAUGAGGCAUGCGGAGGCGCAUUUGGAGCAGUUGAAGUGGGCCAGUGAGUAUAUUUCAUAUCUGUAA